AUAUCACCAUCUCACAUCUUCAUUAAUCAUAAAAAAAAAUAAAAAAUUAUCAUCUUCAAAGUUAUCAACAUGGCUAGAGUAAUGAUCCUUGGAGCCAUUUCUUUAGCCAUACUGUUUAUGGCAGUGACAGUUUCUAGCACUCGUUUCACGAUCACCAUUGAUGAAGAGGCUGAGAACCCACGGUCUCCACGCUGCCAGCAACAAAUUCAGCAGGCACAGCAGCUACGUUCGUGCCAGCAAUAUCUAAGGCAGAAGGCUCAAUUUGAGGAAGAGGAGGACCAAAGCCGUGACGUACAAAGGUGCUGCCAGCAGCUACAACAGAUACAAGACCCACAGUGCCGUUGCGAGGGACUGAGACAAGCGGUCCAACAGGAACAACAACAAGGCGAAUUGCAGGGAAGAGAAAGGCAGCAAAUGCUUAGGACUGCACAGAAUUUGCCUGGUUUAUGCAGACUUAGCCCUCAGAGAUGUGAGAUCCAAACUCGCAGUUUGUUUUAAGUAUAAGGCAGUGCACAAAUAUGCAAUGUGGCCUUUAUGCUUGCACUAGUAUCUUAUAAUAAAAGAGUUGUUGUAAACUCGUAGUAAUAAUAAAAUAAUUACACCUUUUGGUGUGAUUUUGCUGGCA